GAAAUCAAGCUCAGUUUCUUCCAGUACAAUAGAGAAAUCGGUUCGUUUACCCUAAUAAAAAAUGCGAAACAAGUUACGUUCUGAUCGCGUUUCCGGUUUCGCAAAAUCGAUUCUCGUCGGUUGUUUUCUCUUAUCCAUAUUAAUUGUACGAAUAUCGGCUCAAAUCGACAACGAGACAUUCGAAAACGCGUUUGGAUUGGACGAGACUGAAUUCCCGGAUAAUCAAGAAUCGAUCUAUACAGGAAGUAACACAGAUGAUGAAAAGGUGGAAGCACAAAAUCCAUUGUCGGAAGUGGAAAAUCUGAACGGCGGCGAGGGUGGCAAUAAUGAGGACGAUGUAAAGGAGGUAAAUGGGGAUGUUCCAGCUAAUGUGAAUGAAAAUUCAGGUCAAGAAAAUAAUGCUAAAAAAGAAGUUAGCGUUUCUCAUGGUAUAUCUGGUAAAAUGGCCGGGGGAAAAAGUGAAAAAUAUGUGAGAUACGAUUCCGAUUUACCGGAAGCGGAUCGAUACGCUCCUCGUUCGGAUGAUUCAGUUCUUGAUUACGUUUUAACGGAAACCAGGUUAAAAGAAAUUCGAUCGAAGUUUAUGUACUGGUUCUUCGACAAAGGUGGUGACGACGACGAAGGCGAUUAUCAAAAACAAAUUCAAUCUUCCACACCGCAAAUACAUAAGAACUUCAACUUCCAAUUGCCCUUCUAUAAAUUUAGAUAUAAUUAUACCAGGAUAUCCAUGAACGGUUUCAUAGAAUUCAGCGAUCCUCCAGUGCACUACACCUACCCCCUCGUGUUUCCCGUUAAAGAUUGGCCAAAAAAGAACGAUCCCAGCUUCAUAGGAAUGUUCUUCAGCAAGUGUCGUAUAGGGAAAAUAAGAAAAACCGACAUCGAUCAAAGAAAACCAGGAGUAUACUUUAGAAUGGAGAGGGACUUGGAAAAUAGAAAGGAUCAAUUUGGCGUUGAGAUGCGCGAACGCGUUAAAUGGGAUAUCCGGGAGGGAAUUAUCGGUACCGAAUCCUUUGAACCCAAGCAUGCAGUUAUAGUUACAUGGAAGAACAUGUCUUUCGCUGGUGGUAUCGACAAUUCCCUUUACAAAACGAACACCUUUCAAAUGGUAUUAGCCACCGACGAAGUGACUACAUACGUGAUAUUUAAUUACUUGGACAUUCAAUGGACCAGUCACACGGAAGCUGGUGGUGACACUACGGGUGGAGAAGGUGGUGUAGCAGCGUUUGUCGGUUUCAAUGCCGGAAAUGGUACAGAAAGAUACGAAUACAAACCAUACUCCCAGAAGUCGACGAUUCGUGAUCUACCGGGUAGAGGAUGGGCAAAUGGUUUUCCAGGUCGUCACAUAUUCAGGAUAGACGAAAAGAUAAUGCCAGGCACUUGCAACAAAGACAUCGCGGGAGCAAAUUUAGAUCUCGUGUUCGCGCCUGAGAGCGGGAACAUGUUAGGUGGUACCAUCGUGAAUAUCACCGGUCCAUGUUUCAACGAGACAGAGAUGAUUCGAUGUAUGUUUGAAACUGUAGUAGUAACCGGUACUGUGAUCGACAAAAAUCGUGCGAUUUGUGUUCAGCCCUUUGUCAGGGCAGAAGGAUACGUUCGAUUUGCGAUCAGCAUUGGUGACAGUAAAACUUAUAACUGGAAAGGGAAAUAUUUUAUCGAGACACCAGCCACGGCAGCGGAGAAGCUCAAAGUAUCAAAUACAGUUCACGAGAAGAAUCCUGCCACGAUAGAAAUCACUUGGAAGCCUCACAAUUUGACCAACAACUUAAAUGCUGGCAUACAGAUAGCAUUAUGGGGAUACCGUGAGACAAAAACUACCCCAGAAUUCGAGUACAUUGACAUUUUGGAGCAAGGAAUCACGAAUAUCGGUUCCUAUAUUAUCCGUCCAGCUUCAUUGCGUAACCGCACCAAUCGGUACCAACAGGAUAUGAAUUUUGGAUUCAUCCAGCUGAAUUUGACCGACCCGAUGAAACAAACUGGCCUAAAUAUUACACCAAAUUUGUGGAGUAGACCAAUUCCAUUGGCCUGGUACUUUGGUCCGCAGUGGGAAAGAAUGUACGGAUCGGCAUGGGCUCAAAAACUUUGCGAUAAGUGGAUAAUGAACGAUAGAUACCUGAAAAAUUUCGCGGGCGAGGUGGCCUUGUGCCCGUGUAUCGUGGAACAUGCAUUAACCGAUAAAGGUCGCUUCCUUCCGGAUUACGAUUGUGACAAGGACUCGAAUCUAGAUUGCAUGUACAAUAAACAUGCUUAUCAUUGCGUGAGAACUGGCGCACCUAGUAUGGACGGUUCCGAGCAACAAUGCUGUUACGACCACAAAGGAUAUCUGAUGUUAACGUACGAUCAGCAAUGGGGUUCCAGGCCGCAUCGAUCCCAUAAUUUAGGAUAUUACCCAUGGGACGAGGCGAACAAGGUUCCCACCCUUUCACACUGGCACCAUGAUGUUGCACCAUUCUAUAUGUGCUGUUUAUGGCAAGAAGAACACGCUGUUGGUUGCGAAACGUUCCGAUUCGAAAGACGACCGAGUCAAGAUUGUAUCGCUUAUCAGUCUCCAGCGGUGGCAACGGUGUUCGGUGACCCUCAUGUCGUUACUUUUGACGGUCUUGAGUACACGUUCAAUGGAAAAGGGGAAUUUGUCCUGGUACGCGUAAAUAACAUGAAAGAUAAACUCGACAUUCAAGCCAGGUUCGAACAAUUACCGAACAACGUAUAUGGCGAAGUUAAAGCUACUCAGUUGACGUCUAUUGCUGCAAGAGGAAACAAUUCAGCCACCAUUGAAGUUCGUUUGAGACCUAAACACGCUCAGUGGAGGUAUCGUCUCGACGUCUUCGCUAAUGAACAACGAGUGUAUUUCGACAGACGGGCCCUUAAAUUUCAACAUUUCAGUGGCGUUGUAGUUUACACGCCUACUUAUAUUCUAAAUCAAAGCGAAGUGAUUAUCAUGUUCGACACGGGUGCUGGCGUGGAGAUUGUAGAAAAUGAGGGGUACAUGACGGCCAGGGUUUAUCUACCUUGGACUUAUUUGAACAAGACUAAAGGACUAUUUGGUACAUGGAACUUCGACAUCACGGACGACCUGACGACUCCUGAUGGCAACCAAGUUUCCGGCACCAAUUUGAAUCACUUCGAGACCGUUCACAAAGACUUCGGGCUAAACUGGAUGCUGGAAGACAAGGAAGAUGCGCAGAAAGGGGGAGCUUUGUUCACUAGAAAAUUCGGUAGAACCUCUAGUUAUUAUUCAAAUAGAACUUUCGAAGCUGAAUGGAGGAAAACACCGGCGGAAAUAAUACCAUCUAACAGGUCGUACGACAUACAACGAGCUAUUGAUCUUUGCGGAGAUUUGUAUCAAUGCCAAUACGAUUACGCGUUAUCGCUUAAUAGAGACUUGGCUCACUUUACGAAAAACUAUUACAAUACGUACACUCAAAUUAGAGACCUGAAUAUGAAUCAACGCGUUGUAUCUUGUGGAGUAUUGGAAACACCACGUUUCGGACGCAAGAGUAACUUCUUCUUUGUACCGGGGACAAAGGUUACUUUUGAAUGCAAUCAAGAUUUCACGUUGAUUGGUGAUCAACGACGUGUGUGCACGCCGGAAGGUCGCUGGAACGUGCCGGAGUACGGAUACACAGAGUGUCUACGUCAGAUCGAGUAUGCCCAGCGUACAGCAUGGACAACGAUGGGCAUUAUUUUCGCCGUGUCAAUUCCUAUAAUAGGAUGUAUCCUGGGUUCAUUUUUUUUAAUACGAAAGAAUCAGAAACAGGGAGGUUCCGUGAACUCGUGGCGUUAUUCUGAACGCAGUUCCGGUGUUGAUAACGAAUCUACGUUGCUGAAACAGGCUACACCGUUGAAAACGUACGAAAGACCAAUUUCACCAGUUAGCGACACCAGUACUGCAGCCAGUACGGUCAAGAAACCUCACAGUUACGACAAAGUCUAUCGCACACACGAACCAUUACCAAACAGACCGAAUGUUGAUUUCGAGGACAAAGACUGGGACCUUAAAGAACCUAAUUCCCCGACCGAUUCGGAGAAAAGCAUGACAGAGUCCAUUAGAAAAGCUGGAAGUCCCACGAAAGAGAGCGACGUAUAAAAUAAUUGGGAUAAAGUGUCGUGGUCCAGGGACGAAUCCAGAAAACCCCUGUUUGGAGGGUGAAAUAUAUAAAAGUAGAUUCUGAAUCUUUUUGUGCACCUUUUGAUGUUUUACUUUUGACAGAACUCAGGGAGAUCCUAGGAAGAAUUUAACUUACAAGGAGAACUACCAAAGUGUUACACUCACUUAUUAAUGAAACUUUGCGAGCUUGUAGAGCUCGUCGAGCUGAACAUGCCUAUACCCCCUUUUGGGGGCAGACCGCUAAUUGUUUAAAAGAUAUU